ACCGUUUUGCAUUUGACGUUUCUUGCACAUACCCUAUAGAAUCUGAAGCCGAAUAUACGCCACCAGCGUGAAUCCUCGCGGUGGCUCUGAUAUUGGAACCGUACAGUCUAGACGAACUCGUGUUCAGCACUUACACGUGGGUGUGGACGGCGGACACAACACAAUAGGUUUACAGACAAGUCCGCUUUGGAUGCGAGCAUUUAGGUUCGCCUGGGUCAUCCACAGCCUCUUCACAUAAUAGACCACGGAUCCAACCAAGUUCGUCAUCUAUUCCGACAUACCCACCCUUGACUUGGCAAAUUCUUCGUCAUGUACAGCGAUUCUUCACCAUUGCUAUCUAUCACAUCCGCGCACCUGCUGUCUGGACUCUUCGCCUGUAUCUACGUUGGCUCCAUAUAUGCAUCCAAGAGUGCUCGUCUUCGCUUCUCCAACAGGAAGGUCAACCUUCCAGAAGGACAGGCUAGGCUCAAAUUACAAAAUGAGCGAUGGAGAGAUGAUCCGGACGUUAUCAAGGCGCGAUUACUUGCCGUUACUAGCGCCACAGCGAUUUGUUGUCUCAUCGUAUUCAUCGUGAUGAAGAAUGUCAACCGCGAUGAUGAAAUUUACAACCUUACCGCAAAUGCGUGGCUUCACCUUGGAUUCACAUGGUCAAACGUACUUCCGCUCGUAAUAACCCCGUUGUUGUUUUCUGGGCCACUCUACGUCCAAUUUCUCGAAAAGACUCUGCCAUUUCAAGAGAACUGGGGUUUUGAAAAGCAUGUCGUGUGUCGAUUUCUCUCCAUUGUCGGUCUUCGAAACUAUUUUGUGGCUCCGAUCACCGAAGAAAUAGUGUUUCGCGCUUGUGUUCUCACCAUCUAUUACUUGGCAGGCGCCUCCAGGAAGAAAAUGAUUUUUCUCAGUCCUUUGGUCUUUGGCGCAGCACACAUACAUCACGCUUUCGAAACAUACCACAGAUACGGCCGUACGCCCACUGCGGCAAAACGUGCAAUUAUUUCUACUAUUAUUCAAUUCUCGUACACCAGCGUGUUCGGGUUUUACUGCUGCUAUUUAUUCCUUCGCUCCGGGUCAUUGCUCCCACCAAUUGCAGCCCAUAUGUUCUGCAACAUCAUGGGAAUACCUCAACCAAACUAUGAAAUCAGCCUAAUGCCGGAUAGAAAGCUAUCCAUUUCAGCCGCGUAUCUUUUCGGCAUCAUCGGCUUCGCGUACAUGCUCAAGCCUUGGUCAUAUACGAAUAACUGUUUAUACUGGCAGUGAAACUGAUUUCCUCGAGCCUUUAACCUACCUACAACUACAACCUACUGGACUGGACAUACUUUCUGCGGAUCUUGGUCGGAUUGAACUGUAUCUAUAUCGAUGAUCACCAUCUUGUCACCAUCGGCGUUGUGUAACGCCCUUUCCAUGAAUCAUCAGUCUUCGAAUGUGAGCAAAAUAAACGGCGUCGUGAUUCUUUAAAACCCCAUCGACAGAAGUUGGGCCGCGCAAGGACUUGUAUUACUGACAAGCUACGUAUUAAUUGGUACCUCGGCCAUGGGCCUCCAGUCUUCCGUAGGCAGACCCGAUAGAAGGAAGGCAGUCGUUCUUCCCGGGAGGCUUUAAAUACGAGAUCCGAUUCGGAGGGUGCGUGUUAGCACUACUAGUAAGUGACUAUCAUA